AUGGCCACAGAGGAAGCCCACCAGCCUGCCAAGAUGCAAUGCCUUGAAGGCCCACACUUAAGUCAAGGGCUAGGCCAAUCCCGUGGACCCUUGGUUCCUGAGGAAGAGCCGGUGUCUGUCUCCCAGCUGGAAGAAGAGAAUGAAGAGGAAGUAGAGGAGGAGGCGGCCGAGGAGGUGGAGGAUCCAGACCUGGCCCGGAGCCCAGAGGAGGAUGGGAAGGAAGAGAGUGACCCUGAGGAUCUGGCUGCAGUCCGUGCUGCCCAUAACACGCAGAGAGGUCUGCCCAGCUACCCUGGAGUUAAGGCCCCUGGUGUUCUGGGAUUGCCACCUGCCUGCAUGCACUUGAUGGGGCAGCCUGCACUUCCCAGUGCCAGCCCGUCAGCACGACAUUUUGGACCUCGACUGGCCACGCCAGACCCAGUUCUCCUCUGCGGCCCGCUGACCUCUUGUCCCCUCAGAUCCAGUCAUCUGACCCAGCUCCACCCUCAGCACCGACGCAUCUUGGAGCAGCAGCAGAGUCGAACACCAAGUCCCCCAGCAAAGAAGCCCUGGUCUCAGCAGCCAGACCCCUAUGCUAACCUCAUGACCCGAAAAGAGAAGGACUGGGUGAUAAAAGUGCAGAUGGUUCAGCUGCAGACUGAGAACCCCCGCCUGGAUGACUAUUACUACCAGGAAUAUUAUCGGAAACUAGAGAAGAAGCAGGCAGACGAAGAGCUACUUGGACAGAGGAACAGGGUUGAGUCGCUCAAGCUGGAAACGCCUUACAUACAGAAGGCAGAGGUUUAUGAGUCAGUGGUUCGAAUUGAGGGUUCUCUGGGCCAAGUAGCUGUGUCGACGUGUUUUAGCCCUCGCCGAGCUAUUGAUGCUGUACCCCAUGGAACUCAAGAGCAGGAUACUGGAGCUGCAAGCAGUCAAAGGCUUCGCCUAUUGCACCGGAUUGAGAAGAUGUUCCUGCAGUUACUGGAGAUCGAGGAGGGCCGGAAGGAUGGGUCCUCACAGCCCUGCCACUCUGAGCAGCACAGCAACCAGGUCGAGAAGCUCUUCCAGGCGCUAAAGACCCAGGAGCAGAACAACCUGGAGGAGGCAGCAGAUAGCAUCCUGCAGGUGCUCUCCGUGAGGAAGGGGAAAGCCCUGGUGGCCCGGCUGCUGCCCUUCCUGCCCCAGGAUCGGGCUGUCAGCCUUCUUCUGGCUAUCACCCGCCACCUGCCCAUCCUGGUCCGGAGGGAUGUGACUGACCAGGCCCUACACAUGCUAUUCAAACCUCUGGGCAAAUGUAUCAGUCACUUAACCUUCCAUGAACUCCUCCGAGGACUUCAGGGACUUCUGUUGCUACCACCCGGCUCCUCGGAGCGACCACUCGCCAUGCUGCUUCAGAAUCAGUUUGGAAUAUCUUUACUCUAUGCUCUGCUGAGUCAUGGGGAGCAGCUGGUAUCCCUGGAUUCUACUCUAGAGGAACCCAACAGUGACCACACAAGUUGGACAGACAUGGUGGUUCUGAUUGCCUGGGAGAUAGCCCGAAUGCCUACAGCCUCUCUGGCAGAACCACUAGCCUUCCCCAGCAACCUACUUCCCCUGUUUUGUCACCACGUGGACAAACAAUUGGUUCAGCAGCUAGAAGCCAGGAUGGAGCUUGCCUGGAUCUACUGAUCAGUUCUGGAAUAUGCAGACGUGGAAAGCUCAAGCAUGAGGCGGUAGCUGUAUGAGCUAGGUCUACAGGGAUCCAGAAACUCCAAAGACAUUUCUUAGGCCUUUAGCAUGUGGAGGUCCUUCCCCAAAACCUAUUCAUAUCCUUUCUUCAAAAACCUAUAUAACAUGCCUAAAAAAGGCAUAACAAUGUGUAAUUAAAGAAAUAACAGAACGAUGUGUUAACGUGUUUGUAAGGCAGGAGCUAU